AUCUAAAAUAUAGAAAAAAAUAUCAUAUUUGAAGAUAUUGCAAGAUGAAAGUUCUUUGAAAAUAGAACCUACUUUUUUAGUAGAAUACAUAGGAAUAUAUCCUGGUAAACUGAGGCAUGGGAAUAGGAAAUAUGAGAAUAUUAUAUAUAUUCGUACGCCUCCUAGCGUUAUAAAGAAAAUUAAAAAGGUUGUUAUAGAUAAACCUACAAGAAAAAUUUACAAGGAAUUUAUAGUUUCAAAAGAUAUAUAUAAUAUACCAAGAAAUACAAAACAAAUAAGAAACUUAAAAUAUAACGAAUUGCACAAAAAUGAUACCGAUUAUAGUAGCAAUUUCGCAGAUCAAGUUCUGUUAAUUUUAAAUAAUAUAAAUGAUUAUCCGAUAAUCAAAAAUAUAUGUAUAAGACCUGAUAAAGUUAUAGCUAUAGUACUUUAUACUCGUUUAAUGCUUGAAAAUAUAAAAUUUUGUUGUACGGGAAAGCAACGAAGUAUUCUUAGCGUUGAUAAAACCUACAAUUUAAGCGAACUCUUUGUGACGCCUACUGUGUUCAAGCAUAUAGCUCUUUGUAAAACGGGGUUGAAAGAUAAAGUACAUCCAUUAUUUUUCGGUCCAAUAUUUUUGCACGGUAAUUCAGAUUACCGGACAUAUAAUAUAUUUUUUUCUGAGCUACAGGGUGUUUUUAAAAAGCACCAAAUUAAUGUGGAGAAUAUUAUUUUCGGAUCCGACGAAGAAUUUGCCAUGGUUUCGGCUUUACGUAAAAAUUUUAAUACUUCCAAACAUUUAUUAUGCACACUUCACAUGAGGAGAAAUUUGUCAAUCUCUUUGAAAAAUAGUCAAGGGGUCCCUAUGAGAUUAAGAGAAUAUAUAAGUAAUAUGAUUUUUGGUGAAAAUGGAAUAAUAUAUUCCACUGAUGACAUUAUGUUUAGAAAAAAAAUGUUAAAAUUUCGAAAUAUUUGCAUAGUUAAUAAAUAUGAUAAAUUUCUUAAGAAUAUGUUUAAAAGUUUCGAAAAAAAACUUUAUGAAUACGUGUAUAUACCUUUAAAGAACAAGUUUAUAUCACAAGUUUAUACUAAUAACAACAGUGAAUCAAUGAAUAGUGUCCUAAAGAUGAUGAUAAAAAAGGUUGUUCCUUUGCAUACAUUAAUAACCAUUAUAUCCGACCAAGUCUUUUACUAUGAAAAAGAAUUAGAACGAGCAGUAAUUGGACUAGGAGAUUAUUAUAUCGAUUGUGAUUUAAGUAAACAUGAUAGGGUAUCCCUUUUAAAAUUUGUAAAGGAAUCUACAGCUGAAGUAGGUUCAAAUAAUCAUAAAUCAACAACAAUCUCUAAAUAUAUUACAUCGUCAUAUGGUAAAAUAACGCUGAUGAGACCUAAAGGUUCGAAAAAACUAUCUCAAUUUAGAAGAUCUAGAAAAUUUUAAAAAAAAUUAUAAAGUUUAUUAAAUAAUAUGGCGUGAAGGAUCACGAAAAACAUAUGUGCUUUUGAUGGCGUGAUAGAUCAUGAGGAGAUAAAAUAAAUAAUUUAUGGCGAGAAAGGUCAUUAAAGCACUAAAAUGUAUUCUAUGACGAGAUCGAAUAUGGGACACCAAAUUAAUGCUUUUAUUGGGGAUAAAAACUAUGAGGAGACAAAGAUUUACAUAGUUUCGAUAUCUGUCGAUUGACCCUCGCAUUAUGGCAAUUAAAUCUUGAAAUGUGAUGAAGGCACGAUAUAUAUGUCCAUACCGAUAAAAGUCAUAGGGACAUAAAAUAAGUGAUUUGAAUGUGAAAAAAAUUAUGAGGGGAAAAAGGCCACCGUAGAUAGUUAUGUAGCACUGAUAAAUUAAUAUGGUACUAACGAUGAUGAAUGAUCGACAAAGAAUAUUAGAGGGAAUUGAUAUAUGAAUCUAAGCGUAAUUCGGAUCUACCUACCCGAGCUUCGAAUAAGACAAAAGGAUUUAUGCCUCGUAUGAAAAUUUCGUAUGGAGUUAAAAAGGUUGCCAGCAUGAUGAUCAAAACAACUUAUUAAAUAUUUUACUAUUUUAGUUAUGUAAUUUUUUGAAAAUUAAUGAAUGUAUAUUUUGUAAAUUUAUGAACUAAAUUAAUUAUUUAUAAUAAAUAUAUAUAUUUAAAAAAUAA